AUGCUGGGCCGCAGGAGCGCGCGCGCGGGGCCCGGGAUGCCGCGGGGCUGGACCGCGCUCUGCUUGCUGAGUUUGCUGCCCUCUGGGUUCACAAAUAUGGAUAACAUGACUAUUGUUACCCCAGAAUCACCCUCCACGAGUAUGUCUCCUGAAAGUGUUUCAACAAGUGUACCCAAGCAGGAAAACAUAACACAAAGCAUCCAUGGAAGUAACAGUUUCCAUCCUGACGUUCAGAACAGCAGUGAGACCACAUCAGACAUCUCAGAGGCUACGGACAGCUGGACAUCUACUUCUAGGGUUACCCGAGUCCCCGAAACCACAAACUCUUCUGUCCAGCCACAGACCUCUGUAGCCACCACAGUGUUCACCACCCCAGAAAAUGUGUCGACUUCAGAGAUGACCUUGAAGCCACCUGUAAAUGUUUCAGAUUACUCACCCAAUAGCACCAGCUCUGUGAUAACAUCACCCACGGAACCCUAUACACUAUCUUCUCCUACCCCAAGCAUCAUCAAGGGAGAAAUCAAAUGUUCAGGAAUUAGAGAAGUGAGAUUGACUCAGGGCAUCUGCCUGGAGCUAAAUGAGACCUCUAGCUGCGAGGACUUUAAGAAGGAUAGAGGAGAGGACCUGAUUCAAAUACUGUGUGGGAAAGAGGAUGUUGAUUCUGGGACUGGCAUGUGCUCCUUGCUUCUCGCCCAGUCUGAAGUUAAACCUCAGUGCCUACUGCUGGUCUUGGCCAAUGGAACAGAACUUCCCAGCAAACUCCAGCUUCUGAAGAAACACCAGUCUAAGCUGAGAAAGCUGGGGAUCCAAAGUUUCGUGAAACAAGAUCUUGGAAACCACCAGAGUUAUUCCAGAAAGACCCUGAUUGCACUAGUCACCUCAGGAAUCCUGCUGGCCAUCUUGGGCACUACUGGCUAUUUCCUGAUGAACCGUCGCAGUUGGAGCCCCACAGGAGAAAGGCUGGGCGAAGACCCUUAUUACACGGAGAACGGUGGAGGCCAGGGCUAUAGCUCAGGACCUGGGUCCUCCUCUGAGGCUCAGGGAAAGGCCAGUGUGAAUCGAGGGGCUCAGGAGAACGGGACCGGCCAGGCCUCCUCCAGAAACGGCCAUUCAGCAAGACAACACGUGGUGGCUGAUACCGAACUGUGACUUGGCUGGGUGGGGCAAGACUGGGCAGUGUCCAGGAAAAAGUGGCCCCUCUCUGCCUCUUGACCACAUAUUGCCUCCGUGCUGGAGGCAACAUCUCUCAUGUCCUACCCUUCCCCUCUGUGUGCACCCCAGAGGCCACUCGGGGGGACCCUCCACUUUCCAGGUGCCCUUUAUACAUUCAGCUCUCUGAGCCUAGACUCUGGUCUUUUCUUGGUAAAGGUGUGGUGGGGAAAAGCCAAGGUCCAGAGGAGCUGCCAGGGUGGUUGAUGGCCUUGCAGCAUCCACACAGGGACCCCCUCCUUCUCUCCUGCUCUCUGCCCCCUUACAGAAGCCCCUAGGGGAAAGGAUGGGCUUCUCUAAGAUAUAUCUUUCUCCCAGGAGGCUUUUACUGUUUUUUCCUUGUAUUUCUUUCUCCAAACUACCCCUUGUACCUGCUCCCUUGCAAUGAUAUAACCAGAAAAAAACACGUUGUCUUAAACCUUGUCCCUUAUCCUUCCUCUAAGACACUGUGGGUUUAGCCACCAGCUCCAUACUUGCUCUCCCAAGUUCCUGCAAGCUUCAUGUGUCUCCCUCUGUCCACAUACAGAAGCUGGCACACUUUUCUGGCUCCAUGUUGUAGAAGAAACAGCUCAGUCCUGGUCUCUCAGGGGUCACACAGAGUCUCCUUGGAUCAAAGUGAGCAGGACCAUGAGACCAGAUCCAGAUCUCUGAGCAGAACCUCUUGACCUGUGCUAUUCUGCAGAAUUCUCUUUGUGCUGAGGCUGGAUCACGGUCUCCUCUUAUCUGCACAGCUUCUGUUCCCCUCCUCUGACUCCUGGGUUGAGCAGUGACCUCAGCCCCAGCCGACUUCUGUUUCUGCCUCCCCCACCCGAAUCCCUUCAUUGCUCUGCAUCUCCAGAUAGUCAGAGCCCCAUGACUUCUCCCAAAGAUCACAAGCUUCCUCAUCUGGGGGAGACCCAAGUCCUUUUCUGUUGUUGUUUUUCUAGAGGGGUGAGCAGGGAUCCUGGUUUCAAUAACGGUUGGAAAGAGAACUUUCCAGAAAUGAGGAUU